AUGGCAAAAGCGAAAUCACCUCAGGAAAACCUCGCCAAUUCUCGAUAUACAGACUUGGUUGGAGAACCUGUUGCACGUUUUCUCUCACCAAUUAAAGGUUACGAAUCUACUCCACUCCUCUCACUCGAACAAGCCGUAGCUCCUAUUACACAUUUUUUUGAUUGUAUCGAAGAAAAUGUAUGGGUGGCCAAAGAAAAUUCUAAAACUCCUUCGGAUGGUCUUAGUGUAGAAGAAUCAGCAGCAAUCCAUUUGUAUACGAUGCAAUUUGAUUCAAAUCCAAGUUUCUAUCAACUUCUUAAUUCAACACUUCGAGGUGAAAAUCGCGAUGACCUCAAGCCAUGGUUUUCUUAUCUUAAAUUAUUUAUGACGGCUCUUCACAAACUUCCAUCUCAUCCUCAGAUCAUUUGGCGCGGUGUGCGUGGUGCUGAUCUAAGUAAGCAGUACCCAACUGGAACCAAAUUUGCAUGGUGGGGUGUAAGCUCAUGCACGACCAAUGUUGAAGUCCUUCAGGCAGAAACAUUUUUAGGCAGAAAAGGCAUGAGAACUUUAUUUUCGAUUGAAAGUAUGAAUGGAAAAUCAAUCGCUCCACAUUCAUAUUUCAAAGAUACAGAAAAAGAAAUCGUACUGAUGCCUGGUACUUAUUUCGAAGUGAUCGGACAAUUGAAUCCAGCAGAUGAUCUGUAUAUUAUUCAAAUGAAAGAAUUAGAACCACCAUUUCCAUUCGUUAAACCACCGUUUAAAAGGGAAUCAGUUACACCAAAUGUGUCAAAGCCUUCUGAUAGUAUCGCAUCACCAUCAACCAUUUCUGCACCGGUACCUCAGUCAAUGCCACAAGUUAGCUCAAACGAAAGUGCCAGUUCCACAAUAACAGCGACAAAAGUUGAGCAAACGCCGCCGCCUCCGCCUCCUAAGCCAGCCAAAGUUCGCAUUAUCAGCUCGACAAUGUCACCACCAAUGCAAGAAGCCGUAAUUAAUAUCAUUCGAGAGGCUAUUGAUGAGGGAACGGACGCAGAAGACAUCAAAUUAAUUAUUAAAAGUGACCUUGUCCAACGCUACGGUGGAAUCUGGUGGCCUAACAUAAAUGACACUCCAAUUUCUUACAAACCUAUAGGUGGAAAUCCUUUCCUAUCUGUCAAAAUUGGCCAAUAUAACGUGACAGUUCUUCGGAAUUAA